GUUUUGGGUUUAACCUUGCAAAUGGCGGACAAAAUUUGGAAAUCCUAAAUCAUCGAUUAUUUGGAAAAUAUUAGGGAUUUAUCCUUUGAAUAGUAUCGAAAUUUACAUCAAAGAUCUGAGUGGUAUAUAAAUAGUCCAAGAUGCCUGCCGUCAAGGGAGAGGGGAUGCGAGGCCUUGCUGUCUUUAUAUCCGACAUAAGAAACUGUAAAAGCAAAGAGGCCGAAAUCAAAAGAAUAAAUAAAGAAUUAGCCAACAUAAGAUCUAAGUUUAAAGGGGAUAAAACACUAGAUGGCUACCAGAAAAAGAAAUAUGUUUGCAAGUUACUGUUUAUUUUCCUUUUGGGACAUGACAUUGACUUCGGCCACAUGGAGGCGGUCAAUCUACUCAGCUCCAACAAAUACACAGAAAAACAAAUCGGUUACCUGUUCAUCUCCGUACUGGUCAGUGGUACAAGUGAGCUCAUGAAACUUGUUAUACAGGCCAUCAAAGAAGACAUCAAGGCCCGUAACCCAAUAUUUGUCUGUCUUGCGCUACAAUGUGUCGCAAAUAUCGGCAGUCGAGAAAUGGCAGAGGCCCUCGUUACUGAUAUUCCAAAGCUUUUAGUGUCGGGAGAUACCAUAGACUCAGUGAAACAGAGUUCUGCCCUAUGUCUUCUACGCCUCCUCAGAACCAACUCUGACCUGUUUAAUAUGAGUGAAUGGGCAAAUAGGGUGAUACAUCUACUAAAUGACCAGCACAUGGGGGUUGUAACAUCUGCCACUAGUCUUAUAGAGAAUCUUGUCAAGAAAAAUGCUGAAGACUUCAAAGGCUGCGUGCCACUAGCUAUUUCAAGGUUAAGUAGGAUUGUGACAUCAUCCUAUACAGACCUUCAAGACUACACCUAUUACUUUGUUCCCGCACCCUGGUUGUCAGUGAAACUAUUGAGACUUUUACAGAAUUAUCCACCUCCAGAUGACCCGUCACUGCGAGUGCGUCUACCAGAGUGCUUAGAGACCAUACUCAACAAAGCACAGGAGCCACCUAAAUCUAAGAAAAUACAACACUCCAAUGCUAAAAAUGCUGUACUUUUCGAGGCAAUAAGUUUGAUAAUUCACAUGGACAAUGAUCCCAAUUUAUUAGUCAGAGCUUGUACACAGCUAGGCCAAUUUCUGCAGCAUAGGGAGACAAAUUUAAGGUACCUUGCCCUUGAGAGCAUGUGUCUACUGGCAACUUCUGAGUUCUCACAUGAAGCGGUGAAGACGCAUCAGGAGACUGUCAUCUCAGCAUUGAAGACGGAAAGAGAUGUUAGUGUUCGCCAGAGGGCAGUAGAUUUGUUGUACGCCAUGUGUGAUCGUACUAAUGCCCAGGAGAUUGUGGCUGAGAUGUUGGCCUACCUGGAGACUGCAGAUUACUCAAUAAGGGAAGAAAUGGUGUUAAAGGUGGCCAUUUUGGCAGAAAAGUAUGCAGUUGACUACACCUGGUUUGUGGACACCAUUCUCAAUCUCAUCAGGGUCGCUGGAGAUUAUGUCAGUGAAGAGGUUUGGUAUCGUGUAAUCCAGAUAGUAAUAAACAGAGAUGAUGUCCAGGGAUAUGCCGCCAAAACAGUAUUUGAAGCUCUCCAAGCCCCAGCUUGCCAUGAAAACAUGGUGAAAGUUGGCGGUUAUAUUCUAGGUGAAUUUGGUAACCUAAUAGCAGGUGAUCCUAGAUCAAGUCCCCUCGUUCAGUUCCAGCUUCUCCACUCAAAGUUCCACCUGUGUAGUCCCGCCACCAGGGGGCUCUUACUCUCAACCUAUGUCAAAUUUAUCAAUCUCUUCCCAGAAAUAAAACCACAAAUUCAAGAGGUGUUUAGGAGUAACAACCAAGUGCGCAAUGCAGAUGUUGAACUACAGCAGCGUGCAAUUGAAUAUCUCCAGUUAACAUCUGUCACUUCUACAGAUGUACUGGCCACAGUAUUGGAAGAGAUGCCCGCAUUCCCAGAGAGGGAGUCCUCCAUCUUGGCCAAGUUGAAGAAGAAGAAACCAACAGCAGUGAAGGAAGAAGGGGAGAAGCCAAAGACGAUGCCAACAGCACAGGUCAAUUCUGGAGCUACCCCUGAUGCAAAUGUCAAUGUUGAACCUGUUGCUAGUUUGUUUCAAACUGACCCUCCUUCACAGGCUCCAGCCGCCCCCGCUGCAACCUCAGAUGACCUCCUGGGCCUCUCUACCCCCGUGGCAACCUCUGCCCCUCCAAAUGCACUCAACAAUGGCGGCCCACCAGCCUCAGCUGUCUUACUCGAUAUAUUUGGUGACCCAACACCUGCACCACCCACUAGUAAUAAUGUCGGAGCUGGAGUCGUCGAUGAGGAACAUUUUAAUAAAUUUAUAUGUAAAAACUCUGGUGUAAUAUUUGAAAAUAAUUUACUGCAAGUUGGUAUGAAGUCGGAAUACCGCCAGAACCUUGCCCGGGUAACGCUGUUCUAUGGCAAUAAGACAACUACUACCUUCGCAGCUUUUCUGACAGAGGUGUCUUACCCCGGAGAUCUGAAAGAAAGGCUAAGUGUUCAGUUGAAAGAUGUUGAUCCAACGAUAGAAGGUGGAAGUCAAAAACAACAAAUUCUGAACUCGGAGUGCAUUUCAGAAUUCACCAUAGCACCUGUACUUAGCUUUGAGUUCAUAAACAACGGUGCCCCGCAAGCAUUCAGAGUUAAGCUACCUUUGACGGUGAAUAAGUUCCUAACUCCGGCAGUAAUGAAUUCUGAAGAUUUCUUCAAUAGGUGGAAGUCACUUUCAAGCCCUGGACAAGAAUGUCAGAAAAUCUUCAAAGCACAACAUCCCAUGGACACUGAAACCAUUAAACUGAAGUUACUUGGAUUUUGCUUGGGUGUACUUGAUGGGGUUGACCCUAAUCCAGUGAACUUUGUGUGCGCAUCUAUAUUACACACGAGGAAUCAACAGAUUGGCUGUCUCGUUAGAUUGGAGCCCAACAACCAGGCACAGAUGUACCGACUCACCGCAAGAUGUAGUAAAGAUUCAGUUUCUCAAACUAUUUGCGAUUUAUUAGAAACACAACUCUAAUAAAACAGACACAUACACCAAUUGAAAGCUGAAAUGAGUGAGAUACCAAUUGAAAGCUGAUAUAAUGAAACCAUUGGGAACCGAAAUAUGUCAUCCAGACAUUUAACAACAUGGACUAUGAUGGAGUAGUGCGUCUAGAGAAUUGCAAACAGAAGAAUUUGAAAGUACUUCAGGUUCAUACCUGAGCCUCACAAUGGAUUCCAAAUAAAAAAUGAAGGCAAGGACUAACUAUAGGACAAUAAGAUUAAAAAGGCUUAAAUGCUAGAAAGCUACAUGAUGAUGAAUGUGGAAAUGGAAACAAUUAGAAAUGAUACAAACACUGAAAACUUCCAUGCAGGGUUCAGUGCUAACAUUGAAAACAGUUUGGCCCAUAUUGCCCAUAUAUAGGCAACCAGUUUUUUCCAAAUGGUUGCCUUUGGCAAAAGAGGAAAUGCCCCAUAAUUCAUAGGUGAACCUAUCUCUAUGUAAAGAAUACUAAAGAUGAACAUGUAUGUAAAGAAAACAUUUAUACAUUCUGGGGUAUCCCCCUCCCUCUUCACUGGCAAUGAACUGUUAAUUCUGAAUCUUAUUCUCUGGGUGGUUGUUACACUGAGUGAGCCAUUUGAAAACCAAUUACUUGCUUCCAUGUGGACCUGUUCUAUCACUGGUCUAC